AUGACCGUAGAGAUGAAAAGCUCUAGGAGAGCGGUCUUUAUUUGCACAUCAAUCUUGAUGCUUGCAAUUGGAUCUGUUACCAACAUCUUUGGAUUUGAUGCUCUACACUCGAGUAGCAAUGAUUUCCUCAAGUUACUUCAGCUUGGGCUCCGAGACAUUCGCUCAGUAUAUCAAGAGAAAUCAAACGUUACGCUGAACGUUUUGAAAUCGAACAUUAGCGCAACAGAACCGAAUGAUGAUACUAGAAGGAAGAUGUACGAAAAUUUAGACACCGAUACAGCACUGCUCGAAAGAAACAGUAAAUUUGUCUUUCCAAGUAAGACUUUUGCGGCAAGAAGACGAAUGGCUACUAGUCCAAGAGGAGGCAAUGCCGAGGAAAAAGCUUUCAUGGAACGGGAAAGCCGACCAGUAUUUGGAAGCAAAGGCGACAAGAGACUUGCUGGACCGAGAACCGUUCUCGCAGAACAAGAAGAGUACGAUUGUAAUCCGAAGCCCUCCCUAGCUCCCCAAUCACGUCAGCCCUCAAAAGCGAGUGCAAGUAUUGCGCGAACCACUCUUGUUCCUCUCAACAGCGAAAGCAGCGUGGAUGGCAACUCCGAUUACGACUACGACCCAGAGCAAGAUGAAUAUUAUGAGAUUCAGACCUCAAGAGACUACCCAUACGACUAUUCGGAAUCUUCGUAUUCUGAAGACGAAGAUUCGAAUGCUCGAGCCAGCGAAAACAUCCAGAGCAGGACCAAGGUGAAGGUUCGCACACAACAGAAGAUCCGAGUCAAGAACCGAACCAAAGUCAAGGUCCGUACACAGCAAAAGGUCCGAGUGAGCAACGGGCAGCAGAAGGUCCGAAUCAGCAACGGGCAGCGCGUCAAGGUUCGUACUACCAGCAAGGUGCGGGUCCAGAACGGAACUCAAAAAGUGAAAACCAACUACAAAGCCAAGGUCAAAACCAACUACAACUACAAGGUUGGAACCGAAUAUCGAUACACUGAAACCAGUAAGAAGCGAGCCGGAACACGAUACGGAAGCAGAGUCAAUUAUCAAACUGGAUACAAGACUGGAAGCGAUAUUGGAUACCGCUACACUGAAACUAGCAAGAGGGCAUCUGGGACCAAAUACACCACUAGAGUUGGCCACAGAAGCGGACGAGGCGUUGGAUACGGAUACACAGACACUAGUCGAAAGAGAGCAGGUACGACGUACUAUCAAAGGAGAGAUGAUAGCAGUUCAAGCAGUCAACGCGGGUCAUCCAACUCUAGUCGGCAACGCAAUAGAAGUCGGUUCCUUGAAAGUGAAGCCUCUGAAGAUGAGCAACAAGUUACUGGUCGUGAACUCGUGGAUGGAUUUGGUGGUAUGCACGGGAGUGCCGUUGAUGUUUACACUGAUGAGCGUGGCUGCUUGUGCGUAUGCGAUGAUGACGAGACAACGGAAAAGAGCUACGUGAGGAGGGGAUCGGAGCCUUCGAGUCCAAGUAGACGCUACAAUGAGGCAUCUUCAGAUGAGGGGACAAAAUACAAGGUCAAAAUCCGUACUCAACAGAAGAUUCGCGUAAGGACAAAGCAAAAAGUGAGAACCAAGACACAGGACACCGUUAAAGUGCGCACACAACAGAAGGUCCGAGUCAAGAACCGAACCAAAGUCAAGGUCCGCACGCAGCAAAAGGUCCGAGUGAGCAACGGGCAGCAGAAGGUCCGAGUGAGCAACGGGCAGCGCGUUAAGGUUCGUACUACCAACAAGGUGCGGGUCCAGAACCGAACUCAAAAAGUGAAAACCAACUACAAAACGAAGGUAAAAAAAAACUACAAAGCCAAGGCCAAAACCAACUACAACUACAGGGUUGGAACCGAAUAUCGAUACACUGAAACCAGUAAGAAGCGAGCCGGAACACGAUACGGAAGCAGAGUCAAUUAUCAAACUGGAUACAAGACUGGAAGCGAUAUUGGAUACAGCUACACUGAAACUAGCAAGAGGGUAUCUGGGACCAAAUACACAACAAGAGUUGGCCACAGAAGCCGACGAGGCGUCGGGUACGGAUACACAGACACUAGUCGAAAGAGAGCAGGUACGACGUACUAUCGAAGGGGAGAUAAUAGGAGUUCAAGCAGCAGACGCAGAAAUCGGUUUCUCAAAAAUGAAGCUGCUGAAGACGAGCAAAACAAAUCUCCUCACAAUCUCGGCAGAGUGCUUUAUGAUGAGGAUCCCACGGGAUGCUCAUGUACAUGUCCAGGCGAUUCAGAAGAGCCAGAAGAUUCAGAUACUGAUGGUGGCGUUUUCUUUCCUGCAAGACAGAAGCCUCCAGGUUCUUCGAAGAGUUCGAGAACGAUCACUUGUACCCCAACAAAAGCGCCAUCAGCAGCACCCAUUGCUGGUUUCAUGCCAGGACUACGAGUUCCUUCAGCUAGUUCAACACCCUGGACAAGACCUUCUCCAGAACGUACACCCAAGGCAAGCCCAAGGCCAACACCUGGCCCAACUCCCAUUCCAACAAGCAGAUUGGCACCAGAACCAUCCGCCAAUUCUGCAAAGCAGCCCAGUCAAGGACCAACAAGAAAGCCAACAUACAAUCCUACAGAGAGCCCAACUCAGUGGUGGAGAGAUGGCGCCCCAACCCUGCAGCCAACAGAUAGAAACUAUGAUGAAUUGGCGACAAAAAGUCCUUCUUCCAAAGCACCUUCAGAAAGAAAAGGAUCUCCACGGCCCACUGGUGGCCCCAGACGUCCACCAGGUGAGCUGACAGAGAGUCCUACUGGAAAUCAAAGAUCACCUCCUGUUCCCUCCACAGAGACAACUCCUCCAGUAAAUCAUCCAACUGCAGAAGCACCUACCUCUGGACCAACACCAUGGGGAUAUGCACCAGGACAGAGACGUCCAACAAGUCCUCCAACUACAGAAGCACCUACCUCUGGACCAACAUCAUUAGGAAAUGUACCAGGACAGAGGCGUCCAACAAGUCCUCCAACUGCAGAAGCACCUACCUCUGGACCAACACCAUGGGGAUAUGCACCAGGACAGAGACGUCCAACAAGUCCUCCAACUGCAGAAGCACCUACCUCUGGACCAACACCAUUAGGAAAUGUACCAGGACAGAGGCGUCCAACAAGUCCUCCAACUACAGAAGCACCUACCUCUGGACCAACACCAUGGGGAUACGCACCAGGACAGAGACGUCCAACAAAUCCAUCAACAGAAGCACCUACCUCUGGACCAACACCAUGGGGAUAUGCACCAGGACAGAGACGUCCAACAAAUCCAUCUACAGAAGCACCUACCUCUGGACCAACACCAUGGGGAUAUGCACCAGGACAGAGACGUCCAACAAAUCCAUCUACAGAAGCACCUACCUCUGGACCAACACCAUGGGGAUAUGCACCAGGACAGAGGCGCCCAACCAACCCUCCUACAACAGGACAAACUGCAGAACCCACUCCAAACCCCACCGAUAAACCAACUCCAGCUCCAACACUGGCACCUUCUCAGAAUCCAACACCUGGACCCACUCGUGAACCAACAAGGAAGCCGACACAAAGUCCCAGUCCCAGUCCCACUAACAAACCGACGCAAAAUCCAACACUGGCACCUUCUCAGAAGCCAACCCCUCAACCGACUCAAAGUCCAACAAGGAAGCCGUCGCCAAAUCCGACUCCCAGUCCUACUGAUAAACCAACUCCAGCUCCAACACAGGCACCUUCUCUGAAGCCAACCCCUCAACCAACUCAAAAUCCAACACCUGGACCGACUCGUGAACCAACAAGGAAGCCGACACAAAGACCAAGUCCCAGCCCCACUAACAAACCAACGCCAAAUCCAACACAGGCACCUUCUCAGAAGCCAACCCCACAACCAACUCAAAAUCCAACCAAGAGACCCACUCGUGAACCAACAAGUAAGCCGACACAAAGUCCCAGUCCCGGUCCCACUGAUAAACCAACUCCAGCUCCAACACAGGCACCUUCUCAGAAGCCAACCACUCAUCCGACUCAAAAGCCAACAAGAAAGCCGUCGCCAAGUCCGACUCCCAGUCCUACUGAUAGACCAACCCCAGCUCCAACAAAGGGACCUUCUCCGAAGCCAACCCCUCAACCAACUCAAAAUCCAACUAAGAGACCCAAACCAGCACCAGCCAAGGAUCCAACACCUGGACCUCCCAAUCCAACUAACAAACCGACGCAAAAUCCAACACUGGCACCUUCUCUGAAGCCAGCCCCUCAACCCACUCAAAGUCCAACAAGGAAGCCGUCGCCAAAUCCGACUCCCAGUCCUACUGAUAAACCAACUCCAGCUCCAACACAGGCACCUUCUCAGAAGCCAACCCCUCAACCAACUCAAAACCCAACACCUCAACCCACUCGUGAACCAACAAGGAAGCCGACACAACGUCCCAGUCCUAGUCCCACUAACAAACCAACACCAAAUCCAACACAGGCACCAUCUCAGAAGCCAACCCCUCAACCAACUCAAAAUCCAACCAAGAGACCAACCAGUGAACCGACAAGGAAGCCAACACAAAGUCCCAGUCCCAGUCCCACUAACAAACCGACGCCAAAUCCAACACAGGCACCUUCGAAGAAGCCAACCCCUCAACCAACUCAAAAUCCAACCAAGAGACCAACCAGUGAACCGACAAGGAAGCCAACACAAAGUCCCAGUCCCAGUCCCACUAACAAACCCACGCCAAAUCCAACACAGGCACCUUCUAAGAAGCCAACCCCUCAACCAACUCAAAAUCCAACUAAGAGACCCACUUAUGAAACAACAACGAAGCCAACACAGAGUCCCAGCCCCGGUCCAACUAACAAGCCAACGCCAAAUCCAACACUGGCGCCUUCUCUAAAGCCAACCCCUCAACCAACUCAAAGUCAAACAAAGAGACCCACAGCGACGCCAACCAAAGAUGUAACACCUGGCCCUACGCCAGGACCAACUCCAAACCCCACUGAUAAACCAACUCCAGCUCCAACACAGGCACCUUCUCAGAGGCCAACCCCUCACUUGACGCAAAGUCCGAACAUAAUUCCUACAGAGCCUUCUUCCCAGCCUUCGGCUUGCGAGGAAGUCUUUGAUCAGUGCGAAGAGACUUGUUUCUUGGCGAUCGACGAUGAAGAAAGACCAGUCGAUUGUAAUGCUUUAUCUGAUCCAAUUGAGCUAGCCAGAUGCGAUACAUUGGUUCAGCCAAACGGUUGUAAUUGUUGCCCAAAAGAAUGUACACCAAACAAUCCCAUGUUGACUACAUCACCCGAUGGAAGCCCUCCAGCUUGCUCACCCACCAUGAUGCCAACCACCUCUUCAUCUCAAUCCCAGGCUCCAUCUCCCA